AUGUCUAACAUCACCUACAACUACGAGAUCGCGAAGUCUCUCACCGAGAACGAGAAGAACCGCCUCAUCUGUGUCUUCCUGAACGCGCCGGCGGGCGUCCACAACCAAGCGGACUGGAAGAAGGCAGCCGCAGAGUUCGGAAGCGCCAACGCAGACAGCAUGAAGGUUUCCACGGCCACCAUCUUCAAGAAGCUCAAGCAGGCUAGCGACGGCGAGACGACACCAGCCAAGCCGGCUGGCAAGAAGCGUAAGGCUGCUGGUCAGGACGGGGAUGAUGCUGAAGACACGCCGAAGCCGAAGAAGGGGCGCGGGAAAGGCAAAAAGGCUGCUGCGGAGACCAACGGCAACGACUCCUCUAGCAACGAGACUCCAGUCAAGCCCGAGGUGGGUGAUGAUUUGUAG